CGGGAUUAAGCAAGUGUCAUCUUUUUAUUUAUUUAUUUAUAGAACAGAAUAACCUGAGGUUUAAACAGAUCGCCCUAAAGCCAAAUUUGAGCCAAGAAAUCAAAAAUAUACAUAUCAGUAGGGAAGCUUUAAUCGGGACUUUAAAUAGCCUAUUUCACGGAGUUUGCCAGUACAUCAUCUGAAAGCAAAGUAUCCUGAGCAUUUAAUAAACAAAGCCAUUUCUUUCUCUUUUUUCUAUCCUUUUUCUUCUUGCUUCUCUUAUUUGCUUAAUCUACAAUGCAACCUAUUAUUCAUCUUCAUAUAAACCCUUCCUACAAUGAUAAGCCAACACAUAUGGUUCAAGAAGGAUUAGCAAUAUCUCCUUUUAUAACUCGGGUACCUUUUAUGGAAACAUCAAGCUUCAUAUCAAGCCUUGAUGAAACACUAGCUACACUACCAUUGCAUCCGUACUACAUUUCGCCAUUCACUGUACCUUCUCAAGCAUCAAUAGAGCAAGAAGACGCAGAACAAGUCGAUAUCGAAAACAAGCUGUUAAAUGAUGUCUUUUUCUCUCCGCCGGCGAUGAUGAGCCCAUCAAGUGAGCUUGGCUUUUCCAAAGUCGAUGAUGUCAGCGAUCUUACGGAACUCAACAUGAGUCUCUUUGAGCGCACAAGCAGUAUUUGCAGCAGUAGCUCUGCCAGUGAAGAUGAAGAUUACUGUGUGCAAGAUGAUAAUCACACACUGUUCCUUUGUGAUUUUGAUUUGGAAGCAGAGCAAAAAAGCGAUCAAGACAAUCAUUCGGGAAUCAAGCGGAAUAUCAAUGAAUGUACUGUUAGCAACAGGGCUAUAGGCCGUGAUGCACCAUGUAAGAAGCGCAAAACCAAAGAAAAAAAAAGUAGUGCGACGACAUUAAACGCGAUUCCUAUACAACACUCAUCAGACAGCAAAGAUGAACAUCAAUGUCACCAGCAAUAUGAACAUUCAAAGUCAGCAACAGCCAUUGACCAAAAAAAGAAUGACACGAUCGUUGAACCUAUCGCGAGGUCAUCCUCUUCACCCACUCUCUAUGAAACAUUUACAAAGCAGAAUAUUGACUGGUGUCGCUAUUGUGGUACAACAGAAGGAAUCAAUUGGAGGCCAGGCCCCUGGGGUAAACGCACGCUUUGCAAUAAACAUGGGUGUGACUAUAAAGGCUAUGGAUUCGCCUGUAAGCUUCCAAGAUUGGAUCUAACUGAAUAUCUAAAGGAACCUCUCGCAAAACGCACGCGACCUAUCCUUCAGCUAUACUGUUCUGUUUGUCAAAAGAAAGAAUCAUGGCAAAAUAAUCGACUCAUCUUUUGCGAUGGCUGUCCCAAAUCAUUUCAUCAAAAAUGCUUUCAUCACGAAAUAAGUAGCAGCGUAUUAGAGAGUGAUGAGUCAUGGUACUGUACGGAUGCAUGCAGUGAAAACAUAACACGUAAACGUGUUGUUAUAGAACUAUCCCGCAAACGUCUACCUCUGAUGCGAACACCAAAAAAUGCUCUUUUACAAUCAACUUCUUUAUAG